AGAAGAUACCCACCCCCAAAGAAGCCAGCUGUUUCAGGCUGGCUUUCCCAUCCUUUUUGCUGAUGAAGGCUCCUGCACACCCCAACAAGGCAACAAAGCUGCAGAUCCCCCUGUGAGCACAAAAAGCCAUAGACAUUUAACUCUCUCUCUCUCUCUCUCUCUGUCUAAAUUUGACCCCCCAAAUAUGAGUGUCAGGUUAUAGAAACUGGAAUUGCAAUCCCUCCCCUUUUUGUUUCCUAAUCCUGUCUUUGAGAUUCCUCCCACCUCCAUCCCUUUUUAUGUGGUUUGUUGGUUGUUCUUGUACAAGCUUUAUAGAGGCUGGCUGUCAGGCAAAUGGUGAAACUGAAGAUUGGAGAAGGGUUAAGGAUGGAUUCAGAUGCAUGUUCCUUUGAAUGCUUAAACCUUGGGGGUCAUUGACUCAUGAGAUCUGAUGGCAUGGUUGGAGAGAAUUGUUCAUCUGAACAAGAUAACCAACCAGGGAAAGAUUUCAUAUAUUUCUUACCAGUGUCGGAAUAAAUUGGAGUUUGUCCUUUUAGUGUAGUGAAUGGUGUGUGACUGGUGAUUUUUCUCUCCGCCUUCACCUCCUUGUCCUUUUAUGCAAAGAUCCAUGAGUAUUAGUGGACCUUCCUGGGUUCGUUACCUUUGGGCUAUCAUCAUUAUCAGAGCAUGCCGAUGUCAUAAAAGAAGAUUAGGACAAAGUAGAUCCAUUGGAUGAGAAAGAAGAUAGAUCUCGAUGGAUUUCACGAGCUCACAAUUUCCUAAGCUGAUCAUGUGCCAUAUGAAGCCAGUUAUAUGCAGGUGCUUUGUAUUGGUAAUCUUCAUUCUUGUAUUCAGAACUAUUCUCCUUUCUCCCUUCCCUGGUGUUCAUUUGUUUCAACAGAGGGGUUCUUUCUGGAUACCUGCCUCUACUGCUUCUAAUUCACAAUUAGGCGUCAGAAGAGACAAAUUUGUGGAGGUUCCUCAGAUUAUUUGGGGUCUAAAUAAUCAGAAAAUAGCAUUUGCAAGAGCAAUUUUGACUGCAAGAUUUUUGAAUCGAACUCUUCUAAUGCCUAGCUUGAGUGCUUCUCUGUUUUACAAAGAAAUUGACUUACUGGAGCCAAUUUCAUUUGAUAAGUUGUUCCAUUUUGAGAAGUUCAAUUCCCUCUGCCAUGGAUUCGUCCGGUUGGGCCGUUAUUCUGAUCUCUCAAAUCAAACCAAGCCAUUUGAGCUCCAGAAGGGAAGUGGCAGGAAGUGGACCAUAGAGCGAGACUUGAAUCAGUUAAAACAAUGCAGGGAUGAUUCAAUUGACAAGUUUGAGGUAAUUCGGAUUGUUGGAAAGCAUCCCUUCCUUUGGCGUGAUCAUUGGGCUGUCAAGGACUACGCAAAGAUUUUCGAGUGUCUGGUAUUGGUCGAUGAAAUAGAAAAUGAGGCGAUGAAGGUUAUAUCCAGGAUUAGAGAGAUAGGUGCUAAGGAAAGAAGUAAAGUUGAUAUUGCUAAGAAAGAAUUUAACUCAGAUGGUUCGGUAGACCAACCUGUGCCUUAUAUAGCUGUCCACAUGAGGAUAGAGAAAGACUGGAUGAUCCAUUGUAAGAAGCUGGAGCAGAAAUCAAAUAUCAGUCAGAUCUGCAGUAGCAAAGAGGAGAUUAUGGAAAGGGUAGCCCACAUCACUGGCUUACACAAGCCAAUCGUGGUUUAUCUUGCCGUCGCCGACAGCCUCCUAGAAGAUGGUUCUAUGUUGAGUGGUUGGAAAGAUGGCCUUCUUCCUUAUGAGAAAAAGAGAUUAGGGGUCUGGAAUAUAUACGAGAAGUACCCUUACCUCAUCCGGUCUGCAAUCGACUACGAGGUUUGCUCAAGAGCUGAUGUUUUUGUUGGCAAUAGUUUCUCUACAUUUUCCAGCCUUAUAGUGCUAUCAAGAACACAGAAGUUGAUCAGCAUGGGCAUUCCAGGGGCAUGCGGAAUUGAUAUCAGGCUUGCUUCAUAUGCUUACAAUAUAUUGGGAGAGUCCAGGGGCCCAAAGAUAUGGAUGACAGAUAUGUCUGCCUCAAGCCUUCAAAGCAUAAGCUAUGGGACUAACAAUGUCUCAUGCUAUAGCAACUGGAAAGCAAUGAUGUUAUAAAACCAAGUUAAGCGGAUGGAUGGUGUAUAUUUUGGGAAAGGUAUUCUUUUAUUAUAUCUCAUACCAGUUGAGUGCACUAUUAUUGGUGACCUCUUGUGGAUCACACUCCUUUAAAGCUGGCUCAUUAGUCGGAUAUCUAUGUGCAAAUGCAGUUACUGACUUGCAACUGUUGCAUAACAUGACACAAUCUACAGCAUUAUUUUCAGGUGUGGUAUGUGAAUGAUACAGCAAAAGCAUUUCACAAUGUUAUUCAUGUUGAAUUUAUUUAAUUUUUUAUAGCAUAAUGGGCUGCUGAUCUCUUGUUAAGCCUCAGUCAUAUGUUGAUAGAUAUCGAACUGAGAAGGCCUUUUUGUUUGUACAUGUUAAAUAGAAGAAGAGAUGUUGCUUGUUUCUUUA